AUACAUAGUAAUAAUACUUUUUAUAAAUAUUAUUAAUUAUUUAAACCAAAACCCAUUUGCUAUAAUUGCUGCUUAUAAUAAAAUUGUCUCUUCCUCUCAUUUCAUAUACCAUAUACACAAGAGUAAAUGUACGUCUUUAAUCAAAACAGUGGUUUUGUAAUUCUGGAUAAUAGCAGGGAAAUAUUUUUUUUUUUUUUUUAAUGUGAUUGUUUUUGUUUAGAUAGUACUUAAGUGUACAGUUGGGUUCGUUAAUUUGUAUUUGUAUAUUGUAUAUAUUUAAUUACGUAUAUAUAUUUUAUUUUUUUUCAUAGUAGUAAUAACUAAUAGUUCAAAGACAAUUAAUAUGAAUAUAUGAUAUCUUUGGCACUUAUCGUUAUCAUGGUCUCGAGACGUUUGAUACUGCUUCACUAUCAUUAUUAAUAUUACGACCAAUCAGGUGGCAGGACGUGAAAAUCCAUAGUUUCACAUCGGACGACUCGAACAGUCUGAUUUACCUCGCCACCUCGGUCGUUUCACUUGCUGACUCGCUCCAUUGCUCGCCACUUGGUCAAGUCACACGGCAGUCCUAUACGACCGUAGAUACGUCCCGGACAUUGAUUACCUGUUUUUGAUCACUACGCUACAGUCGUUGUUGGUGAUUUUCCCGUCUAGCUCGUUCAAGUGCUCAUCACUCGUCUAGAACACUCCACCAUCGGUACYCAAACAGGUGUUCUACUUUCAAUAAUAUUGUCUAUAAAACUUGAGAGCCAUAAAGUUGAAAUAUUUACCUGGCCCUAUAACAAUUCAGUAAAUUCAUAAAAUGAAUCCAUUUGAGUCGAAAAUUGUCUAUAUCAACAUAACAGACUCAAAUCAUGAAAUAUCAAAUGUUACUGGAAAUGAUGAAAGGUAUUAUUUUCAAGUCGUUGAACAAGAAAAUACAUCUUACUCCAAUGACAAUGGUAUGGGAAGUAGUAAAGCUAGUUUACCAAUUAAUGAAAUAUCUUACUCAAAUAAUAUUUCAUCAUUUAACCAAAUGGAAAUAAAUGAUAUUUGUUCAUCAAUAGUGAAUGAUAUACAUGAAAUUUAUAAAGAAUAUUCAUCAGAAAUUGAAAGUCAGCUUGAAAUAACUACGGACUUAGAAAACCCAAAUGAUGGCAUAAUUCCUCUAGAAAUCAUUGAUUCCAUUAGCCAGACUGAUCCAGUUGUACAUUUAACUCAAGAUAAACAGAAGGAAAAUUCUGAAAUGAUUGAUGAUAGUGGGAAACAAAAUAACAUUAUCGAUUUCAUUGAUAUCAGUGAUGAAGAUGAGAAUAAUGAACAAGAAACCAGCAAUAUUUCUCCAAUUGUAAAUUUAACUAGCGUCCAUAAACUACAACACGCAAAAAAUGUAAAGAAAAUACUUCCAUUGUUCAAAAGAAAAAUUAAUUUUAAUAUUCAAUUUUUAAAUAAAAAGCAGACUAAUGAGCAUGUGAAUCCUGAAAUAAAAUCUCCUAAUGGAUAUCCAUUAAGAAUGGGGGAUUUAUUAUUAUUAAUUACACCUCAUACCUGGCUGAAUGAUAAUAUAAUCCAGAAUUAUAUUUCGCUAUUAAUUAGUAAUUGUGAUCAGAAUGUAUUGGAAUUAAAUACUGAUUUUUUGAUUAGUUAUAAACGGAAUGGGUACAAAUUUAUUUAUAAAUGGUUCAAAAURAAAUAUCCUUCGUUAAAUAACUACAAAAGAAUUGUAAUUCCAAUCAACCCUAACAUGAAUCAUUGGGCCUUACUUGUGGUUGAAAUUUGGGAAGGAAAAAUUUAUUAUGCGGAUAGCUUUAAUCGUUUAAAUUUAGAGGAAUUGUCAAUGACAUCUGAAUUUUUAAAUCAGAUAUCUAUUGACUACUUCCAAGAUUCAGGUGUCAAGCGGACUAUACCCAACAAUUGGACAUAUGAAAAUUGGAAUUCUCCUUCUCAAUCAAAUGUUUACGAUUGUGGUGUAUUUACAUGCACCAAUGCUAGAUAUUUCUUAUUCGACAAAUACCCAGAUUAUACAGAGACAGAUGUUCCGCUUUUACGGCAUAGGAUUGCGUGGGAACUGAUUAAUAACACAAUUAUUCCUUUUUAACCAAUUUUUGAACUAUCAUUAUUUUUAUUAACUUUAUAGUUACAACACCCUAUAUUGUGUAUUGUUAUAUWAUUAAAUUUGAAGUGUCAAAACWUAAUUUUAGCUAUUAAUUUUACUCCCAGUGAAAGAGUUACCAGCCAGUGAUUUUUAAUUUUUGUAAAUAAAUCUGUACUGAACCAAUGAACUGUGGAUCUCAUAAUCUUGUAAUGUCGUAUUAAACAUUGUGACUUAGACCGUGUUUAUAUUUAAAACCGAACAGUCAGUGGAAGACCUUAUUUUUUCAAUAUAUUCAAAGGGUCUUAAGACUAUCAUCAACAUAACAUAUGAGACUGAAUGAUAACAUUAAUGUAUGAGAUGUAAGCGCUUCUUCUGUUUUUUAAUCUAGUUUUUUAUCAUCACUACCUAACCAAACAAUUAUUUUCAAUAUUGGCCGUGUAAAUUAAAAGCUAUAAAACAAACUUCCUAUCAUUUCAUAAUUGAUAUAUAAUUAGAUAUGGUACAUUUGUCUAUAUACAUGUAAUUAUAUAUAUAUUUUUUUUUUGACCAUGGUUAGAU